AUGGACCUCCUAGCGACUCUCUCCUCCCCCUCGACCUGGUCCCCAACCCUCUGGGUCCUCCUCCUCACAGCAACAGCCUACACCACCACCACCUGGCUCUCCCGCCCUCCCUUCCCCCUCAAAGCCCCGCCCCUCUUCGACGCCUACCCCAUCGUCGGCGCCCUCCGCUUCUUCUCGGACAGGAAGGCCUUCCUCGAGGAGGUUAGGGACAAGAGCAAGUCCGGGCAGGCGAGCUUUUACUACGGCAAGUUCAGGAUCGUGGGGCUAUCUGGGGAGGAUGGACGGAGGACGUUUUUCGAUAGCAAGGAUAUGGAUAUGGAAGGGGGAUACUCGACGCUCUUCAACGCCACCCCCCAAGUAAACAGCCCCGAACAACAAAACCUCGGCGCCAAAAUCCGCAAAGCCCUCCUCAAAUUCGUCCGCAAAGAAAACCUCGUCUCCCUCACCCCGCAACUCGUAGCCGACGCCCGCGCCCUAACAGACCGUCUAGCAUCCCGAUGUCUCGGUAACGGAUUGGCGAUGGUGAACCCUUUCGACGACCUGUACCGGCUGGUGUACCAACUCACCAUGCGAACGGUGGGCUGCGCCGAGAUUGCGGGAGACGAAAAGUUGCUGGCUGAGACGUUGGGUAUCUUUGAGAGUAUUGAUGGGGCGAGCGCAGGGAGCAAGUUGUUGGUUCCGUCGUGGAUGACGACGCCGAGCCAUUUGAGGCGGUUGUGGGCGGGGAUGAGGAUGUAUUUCCUUUUUAAGGGGAUUAUCGAUACGAGGGCUAAGGAGGGGAUUAGGAGGGAGGAUGCGCUGCAGGUUCUUAUUGAUUUGGGGUUUGACGUUGCCGACAUCAUCUCCAUCGUCAUCGCCGCCCUCUUCGCCGGCCAAAUCAACUCCGGCUACAACGCCGCCUGGCUCCUCUGCUACCUCGGUCAAAACCCCCGCUGGCGCCGCAAAGUCCGCGAGGAGGUCGAUGCCGUGAUCGACCGCCACCGCGUCAGCGCCGAUCAGACACCCGCCGACGUCCUGGCGACCCUGAGCUUCGAGGAGUGGGAGGUCGAGUUCCCCGUUAUUGAUGUGGCGCUGCGUGAGACGAUUCGGUUGACGAUUGUGGGGUGCGGGUUUCGGCAGAAUCGGAGUGGGGGGGAUGUGUUGAUUGGGGAGUCGGGGGAGGUUGUUCCUGACGAUGCUUUUGCUGUUUAUCUGUUUGAUGAUACGCAGAUGAAUCCAGAGAUAUACACCGAUCCGGAGACUUGGGACCCAGACCGGUUCCUAGAGGGGAGGGAAGAGGAUAAGAAGCUUUCUGCACAUGGGUAUAUCGGAUGGGGAAGCGGGAGACAUCCUUGCCUGGGCAUACGAUUCGCCAAACUCGAAAUGGCCGUCAUGAUCUCCAUGUUCGUCGCCCACUUCGACUACCACCUCGUCGACGGAGACGGAAACCCCACCGUCGCCACGCCGGAUCUGCUCGAUCGGUCGCAGCACCAGGUUCAUCGGCCCACGAGGCCGGUGUUUAUCAAGUAUGAGUUGAGGAAGUAA